GGUGAUGCCGCCAAAUUGAAAGACAGGUACGGCGGUUGCUAUAGCAGCCUUUUACAACACAGAGCGCGUGAAGAUGGAGUACAGCACAACAGCUCGUUUCCACGAUUCUGUAACACAGUUCAAAGUCUACGAAGAUUACCUUGACUCCAAAGUCACGCCAAUGGAUUUAUUUUACUUAAAAAGCAGGGAGUUGGCCCGUAAGCUGGUGGAACACGGCCACAAGGGCACAGUCCUGAGCAGGAAGGAAUUUGAGGAGAAGAAAGCAGCUGCACAGGCUGCAGAGGCUGCAAGGAGCGACAGUUUCUUUAGCAGGAGCCGGCCAAUGACACUGGCAAGUGCAGGAAAAGAACUCAAAGAUAACUUCCUGAAAGCCCUGGCAGAGCGAGAGGAGGCCAACCGCAGUGGGAAAAUGACUUCGGUCAUUUUCAUAAGGGAUCAUAAUGCUCUUGGACAGGAAGUAUCUGGCUAUAUAGACUACGCCCACAGACUCAAGACCCAAGAUUUCGAACCAUAUUUCAGUGGAAAGAAGAGGCUCAUGCCAGGGCGCUCGGAUUUAUGCUACUACAACUGGAAGACACAGGUGUCCACCUCCAACUCGAGCCCUAACUUUGAGGUGAUUUAUGACGACCCUAAUGGCCUUCUCUUUAAGAACAAGAGGGACAAAAAGAUCCUGAAUGUGGACCCCUUGUCUGGUCCUGGUGAGGACUCCAACAGGACCUUCCUACAGUCAGAUCUCUACAUCCAUGUCGUCAUCUAUGACCACAACAUCAGGACAGUCUAAGCUUCAGAGGCUGCUGCCAACACAUUUUACAUAUGGCACAUAUUGGAGAGCACUGGAAGCCUCUAAUUUGACCGAGUUGCUGUACAGUAGUUGCACCAUAAUUUAAAAACUGUUGCCCUCAUAUCAUACAUGCCAUCUGCGUGGAGGUGCUGCAGUGAAAAAUGGCUUUAAACGGAGGAUUCCCAGAGGUAAGAAGCGGAUGGACCAGUGUGACAACUUGGAAGUUUCCUUGCAAAUAACUUGAGAUUUAAUGUGUCAGAUUUCCCACCUAUGAAGUUAUACGUAACAUUGUUUUACUAUUAAGUUCUUUGGCCUUCUUUAUUCCAUUUAGUAAAUACCCAGUUUGACUGAGUUUUUUUUGGCAUUCCCGGAGGGAAUGGAACCUGCUCGGGGACCCUGGGUUUGUCCCAUCAUUUGGCCUGGCAUGUUUUGGGCUGUUUGUCUAAACAAAUUAAAGGCGUAAGAGCUUUGAAAGAUGAUGGGGGUUGCUUUUAUGUCCUCCCCUAGGCUGCGGUAGCUCCAAUUGGACUGGAAGAAUGGUUAAUGGGCUUAAAGCAUUCCGCAUGUUCCCAGAUGCAAGGCACACUUUGCAGGACAUCAAAGUGCUCUAUUAUUUACAUAUUAGUCAUUCACUAUGGUAUUUUUUCAAAUGGAAGACAACUUCACAAAUAACCUGCUUUAGAAAUGAUUUAGGAAGUACAGAAGACGUUAAACAACUUCUUCCCUUUUCAUUUCUGGAUUUACACUUUUUUGCAUUUUUUUAAUGAAACACAUGUUAAAGUUCAGUCCCACUACAAGUAACAUUAUCUAUGUCGAUUAGCUGUGAACAACAAAUUACAGGGGCUUUGUUUUUCAUAAAUUAAUUUCCUGUAGACUCUGCAGACACUUAUUUGGGGGAAAACAGUUAUACCGUUUAGUCAAAAGGAUACAUCCUGCACAUGUACCAGCUUUGUGGAGGUGUCAAUGUAUAGUCCUAACCAUGGAGCACGGUAUCCGCUUUUAUACUUGCAUCAACCUUUCACUCGGCAAUGCACUUUUCCCCCCAUUCUCUUAAUAACUUUUCAAAACCCUGUUGCUUUUAAAGAGUUGAGAGGAUGGCUCUCUCAUAUCUUUGUGGUAAAUAUGAAAGUACAGCCAGAAGCCACUUAGCUUAGCAUAAAGACUAGAAACGGGGAAACAGCUAGCUUCUCCAUAGGUAACAAAAUCCACUCACCAGCACCUCUCGAGCAUCACAAUUAUAUAAUGUUAUAUCUGAUUUCUUUAAUCCGUACAAAAACCAGAGUUGUGGUUUCACAGGAAGUUGUGCUGGACUAUUUCUUGGACUCCCUGGAUUCUUUGUCAUUGCUCCCAGCCAAGUAAUAGUAGGAUUCCUUUCUACCUUUAGACAAAGAAGUUAUGCUUUUUCCCCUUGCUUUCUCACUGCAAAAAAGUGUGUCUAAAAACAAGAUCAAAACACUAAAUCUGAGGGAAAAGGUAGUCAAAACAAGUGAAAUUAUCUGUCCAUGCAGCAAGAUAAUUUCACUUGACAAGCUUGCUUGAUUUAAAAUUAGAGUGUAAAGUUGAAAGCUUAAAACAAGAUAAAUUAUCUAACACUUAUAAAUCUAAGUUUCUUUUAUCUUGGUAAGAACCAAAUAAUUUGCAGUGCUGUCUUCCAUUAUGCUAAGAUAACUGUCUCCUGGCUGUAGCUUAAUGUAAUGUAUAGACAGUAAAGUGGUAUAAAAAAAAUUUCAUCUAACUCUGCAAGAAAACAAAUUUCCUUUUAAACUGACAUAGUAGCAGCCUUACUUAAUUUGCCAUUGUACUACUUUCCCCUGCUUCAAUUAAGCUAAAAAUGUAUUCCUGAAAGUUACGAGAUUUAAUCAAAUUAGUUCAUUCUAACACCCUGUUACUACGGCAGCCUUCCACUGGCUGCAUCUGUUUGUCUGUUUUGACUGAAUUAGCCUCAUUGAAACAAUAUGUGUGGUGACAUGUGGAUGUGGGUUCUGGUUCUGUAAAAGCAGGGUUUCAGGGAAUGGGGGUCUGGUUUGGGGUUUUCUUAGUCAGUGGGGUUUUUUCAUAUAAAGAAGAUGUGAGUUCUGGUCCUGUUUUGGGGUGAUGAUGAACAGACUUUGUAAAAGUAUUCAGGAGUUAUA